AGGUGGCGAUUGCAGAAUGUCAGAGCUAAGGUGUGGUGGGCCUAGCUUAUUGAAACAUCAGGGAAGGGAGCUGCCCACUUGAUAACACUGUUGAUCUACUGACUGUCGCUGCCCUGUCCCCAUCGAUCUUCAUGCUUUGGUGUUGGGGACAUGAGAAGCCAUACGGAAAGUAAUGCCACUUACCAGCACAGCUUGGAUGGGAUGUGUUUCUUCACUUCACACUUGUCUUUUUCAUUACAGCUACAGUACUUUGUGUUUAUUUGAAAUAUCUGGACAAAAAGAAAACUCAUGUAGAAGCAGUAGAAGCUGUAAGCACUUCCAGGCUUUUCCCUCUGGGGGGCGUACGGGUUGAUAAACACUGGAUUAACCUCCGUCCAAUGGUGAUGCUCAGAGGAUUACUCAAACAGCCUCUAAAAAAAGCUCUCCCCUCAAAGCUACACUCUGAGAGUAAAAGUGAGAGAGACACUGUGCAGGAGUUCAGCAGCCUGUCGUGAGCCAUGGCGGCAUUUUACCGGAUACUUCUGCUGUUAUCAGUAGCUGUGGCCUCUGUGGCUGCGCGCAAGUCCCAGCGGACAAAAAGGGGUUUACUGGAGCUGGCGGGGGCUAUCAAGUGCAGCACGGGAAAAUCUGCUUUGGCUUACAUGAUGUACGGAUGCUACUGUGGGCUUGGAGGUCAAGGCUGGCCCAAAGACAGAGCAGACUGGUGUUGCUUCAAACAUGAUUGCUGUUAUGGAGAAGCAGAGCGUCUGGGAUGUCAAACCAAAACAGACCAGUAUCACUGGACAUGUGAGGACAGGACAGCUGAGUGUGAUGAUCUGGAGGACAAAUGUGAAAAGCUGCUGUGUAAGUGCGACAGAAACGCCGCCAAAUGUUUGAGGAAAGCACCUUUCAUCUCAAAGUACUCCGUGUGGCCGGAUUUUCUCUGUGGUUAUGAACAACCAAUGUGUAAUAUUUUCUCUUAAAAAGGGAAACAAAACUGCAAUGAUGUUUCUGUGCCUCCUUUAUAUAUCACAUGAUACAGUGAUGAUGGUAAUACUAUUACUGUUUAUAGUCAAAGACACUUGUACUGUGUCUUUUAG